UGCUGUUUGGCAUAGGGAUCGGAUGCCCAAGCUUGGACGAAAUGGAGAUUGACAACAAACCACGUCGUCAAUCACUUUUGGAUGUCAAAAAUUUGGAAGGAAAAAAACAAAUUAUCAAGGAUUACAUGCACACAUAUCAAAAACUUAAAAUACUCGACGAUUGGGAAGACCGCAGGAUCGAAAAGAUGAAGAAGAUGGAAACAGUAAUAACCACUGCUGUCUUCCAGGAAGAGACACAAAAAAUUGUAAAACUUGUAAAUAAAAUGGGUGCAAAAAUCAUUCGCGCAGAGAAAGGAUGUGUGAUCUCCUACCUCGAGUUUGAUGAUGAAAAUGGUCUGGAAAAGUUCUGGGACUUUCAUGAAUCAGGCGGGCUUUCCAAAUACUUAACCGAUCUUGCUCUCCCGGACGACGAGAUGAGGCACCUUGAAGGUGGCAAGACUCUAUGUGUACAAACUGUGGCACUGGACGAAGACUACCUGGCCUGGAAACACUACUUCAAUGGGACCAGACCACCCAGGAGUCGGAAGAAUAAACAAGUCACCGUAGUCGAAGGAGGCUGCAUUGUAGGAGUCCAGAGGGUACUUGUAAAAGUAACAUCUAGGCCAUCUACUGAUGAACCAAGAAAACAUGAGGGACAACUGCAAGGCAGCAGAGCUGAAGGCAUGGAUCAUCAUGCACAACUGGUUGUUGAUAUGAUGCAGCAAAUCAGCCUGUCUGCAGCUACAGAUACCCCACUGUUGGGAGCCACCUCCUCGGAACCCCACGAGGGCAGAAGGCAGAGGAGAAAGAGUGGUGAAAGAAAAAAGCACAGAAGUGGGGAAGGGAAGAAACAUUAA